UUUACAUCUGAUAUCACUGCAUUGUAAAUGGAUCAUGUAGAAGUUGGUAUUUUUGUAUUCUGUUUAAUUUUUAAAACACUGGAAUAUGAGAAAGCUUUUAUUUCUUUUUCUACAUUUUGGAAUUAUAAAUAACUUGAUCAGACGUGUUCAGUUGUUUCCUACAGGAGUAUGCAAAAUAUCUCCUCUGAGUUGCUGUCCCAGUUACCACUUAAAUGAGGCUGGUGAUCGCUGUGAAGAGUGUGAACCUGGCUUCUAUAAAUCUAAUUGCUCAAGUAAAUGUCCAGAGGGGUUUUUCGGUGAACUUUGCAUUAAUGAGUGUAGAUGUAAAGAUGGCCAUGUGUGCGAUCAUGUGAUUGGGUGUAAAGAUGUUUCAAGCACUGGGAAAGCAUCAAGUCAAGGAUAUUGUCCAAAAAACGAAAAUGGAUGCUGUGUAAACUAUUACAAUAAAAGCAACACGUGCAUAGAGUGUCCUCCGGGAUAUUAUGAUAACAACUGCUCUAAACCCUGCCCACCAGGAUACUUCGGAAGACGUUGUGUCUCUAGGUGUACAUGUAACCUGACGCUGUGUAACAGCGUGACUGGAUGUAGUGAUGUGAGCACAGAAGAAAACUAUUUUACAGAAGACCCGCUUUUAUCAUGGAAGGGAUAUUUGUUGCCAACAGUGACUGCGGUGGGAGGCCUAGUCGUACUUCUUCUUAUUUUUGGAGUAUUCUUUUGUUGUAGACGAAGGAAAAUAAAGGAAGGAUAUGAACCAAAGCAUAUAAAUAAUGCCUCUCAGCGGCAGGCUUCCUGUAGGGAGGACCAGGCCGGGAGGAGGCAAUGUAACACCCGAGAAACCCCGCCCUGUGAACCACGUGUAACCUGCGGAGAGACGAGUGGAUUCUUCCCAGAUAAUUCUGAAAAUCCGUAUGCACAAAUUUCGGAUACAGCUAGACUGAUGCCAAGAACAAAGCAUACCCCAAAGGAAGUCGGUCUUCCAAAAGCCCCAAUGACCACGAGUCAACCCUCUGCAAAGUGUGAAGAUUUCACCUCAUACGAUGUUCUUAGUUUGAAAGCUAAAGGCAAAAAAUCGGACAUGUGUUUAAAUAAGCAAAUGCAAAAGACAGAGUUCUCAGGAGUUAAGUAUUCUAAGAACUCUCUGCCUCCUAUUGUAAAAAAUAAACCUCUACCGCCAAUUAAUUCACCCAAUCCUGACAAGCGGAAAAGUUUUCUUUUUCCUGAAGACACAUCUGAUUAUCUGACACAAGAACCACUUCUUUCAAAUGAUAGAUCUAGUGAAGCGGAAAUAAAGGCACUUCCGCCUCCCCCAGCGCCCCCAUCUGCUCAUAGCAAUGGUUUCCGCUAUAAACCUAAGAAAGGAAAGAAACCACCCCCUCUUCCAAGAAAACCACCAAGUAAUUCGGAUAUCUAUCGCGAUGACAGCAAUAGCGAGGGCAACGCUGCACACGAUGGUACAGUGAGCAUCAGAACAGACAAUGAAACAGAAAGUAAAAGUAAAAAUAAGAGAACCAGUUCCUUGAUGCCAAAAAAAUUUCUCAGAAAUGAACCUUCAAUGAAAACUACCCUUAAAAGGGAUAUGCUUAACAGACGGAAGACGAAUGGCAUGUCGUACAAUCUAUCCGGUCUGUUAGAUGUGGACGAAAUGCCACCACCUGAAUUCAGUGACGACGAAGAAGCGAGGGGUAGUGCCCAGCCCCAGUAUCCGGGGGCUGAGGUUCACAUGAACCCCCUACGGAAGUGUCAGACUGUCAUAAAGAACAAGAUGAAUAGAAUAAGUGCACUUAAGUUCGCGAGUAGUACCUUGGACAAUCUUAGAUACAGCUUUGCACGACCUCAACAUUAGCUUCAACAGAGUGAAAAUAAGAACAUUGCAAACCCUUUUGUUCAAAAUAUACUUAAUUUCGAUAUAUUGAAAUGAAAUUACACAUCUAAUCCUAUUGAUUUCUUUGAUAUAAGCAUAAAUCAUUUGUUGUCGAUAUUAAAUAUUUUGUCGACUAAGUCUCCAAAGUGCGAUGGUCUGCGCCAAACCCCGACGGCUUACUGUCUUUACGGACGCCAAAGUCCGAUGGUCAAGCCAACGUCCGAUGACUCGUUUCCUACGAGACACGUUGCGCUAAAGUGCGAUGGUAUGACACGUCAAAAUCUGAUGGUGCGGAGAAACAGUCAACGUUUAUGACGUCACAAUAUAUUUGACGUCAAAAAUUGACGCCGUCGUCCUGCAUUCAAAAGCCAUCAUAUCUGAAUUCGUCCUCGAAUACAAUUUUAUUGAUUUUGUAUAUUGAUUGCACCUUCCAGAGAUAUUAGGGUUGGUCCUCACACACCACUUGACUGAUUAGGGUUCGUCCUUGCAUUGCACAACCCGAGAUAUUUAAGAUAAGUCCUCGCACACUAUAGUCGAGUGAUUAGGGUUAGUCUUGCACCCACCCAAGAUAUCUAGGUUAUUGUUAAUACACACUUUUCGAGCAUUAGUCUCGCGCACAUAUAUGACAGAUAAGGGUUAGUUUUCGCAUUUAUUUAUACUUAUUUCUAAGACCUUGGCAUGGCGCGGCAUUGAGGUGUGGCGCAGUGGCACUGUGACUUAAUAAACGUUAAUUGAUUUCCGCACCAUCGGACUUUGGCGUGUCAGACCAUCGGGGAUUGGCGCAGACCAUCGGACUCUGGCGUGACCAUCGGAUUUUGGAUUGCCGUUGCACUUUGGAGUCCUACAAAAAACAAAAAAAUUAAAAAUACCAUAUCUCACCGUCCAGAAAAAAAUAUAUCUUUAUGACUCCCCUAUAAGACGGACAUAGGGUUUUGGACCAAAAAUUUAACUCCCAAAAAUCCGACUUAUAGGCGAGUAUAUACGGUAAUUCAUUAGAAGGAUAAAGGAAAGAUCUAGCCUAGUUUUUGACAUUGAAGAAGUAUUGGACUAAUCUUAUUUUUGUUUAUAUGUUUUCAAAAUACAUUAAAAAUAAACUUAAUGUUUAUGUGGUAUCGUUUUCCUUCCGUAAGUUCUUCCUUAUUGUAUGCAAUUAAACUGAAGGUUUAUCUCAGAUCAACUUAAUUAGCACUAAGUAAAGUAUUAUUGAAAACACUCAAAUCAGAGCAUGUAUAUGAUGUUUAAGACUGAACGACAAUUUCAAAUACAGGUUUAAUAGGUGCCUCUCGAAUUGCAGUACACUUAUAAAUUCUAUGUUUAUUAUCAAUAUAUGUUUGUAUUUUAUUGUUUUUCCUGAAAUCUUUUAACAUGAAACAUAUGGGGAUAACGAACAGUAUUCAAGAUCAAAAAUUCCAUGAAGCAAUAUAAAAUAGGAACGGAGUAAU